AAAAUUCUGCCGCCCUUGUCACACGAUUAGGCGCCCAUCGCCAGAUAUAUAAGCUGUCCCCUCCCUUUGACUGACUUCCGCCUAUUGCUUUCUGUUCUUUAUUCCUCCACUAUCAUCUGCGACUGAUAGAGAUAAGCUAAUUCUCUUUCCGCAUCACACACAAUGUCCUCGACCAUCUCUGACAUGAGACAGAAGACGUCCCUUUUGGGAGCGUCCAACAAGAUCUUGGUGGCCAACCGUGGUGAGAUCCCAAUCCGUAUUUUCCGCACGGCUCACGAACUCUCCAUGCAAACCGUCGCCAUCUACUCGCACGAAGACCGGCUCUCCAUGCACCGGCUCAAGGCGGAUGAGUCCUACGCCAUUGGUGCCAAGGGGCAGUUCUCUCCUGUCCAGGCAUAUCUCCAGAUUGACGAAAUCAUUUCCAUCGCCAAGCAGCACCAGGUCAACAUGAUCCACCCAGGCUACGGUUUCCUCUCUGAGAACGCUGAGUUUGCCAAGAAGAUUGCCGACGCCGGUAUCACCUGGGUCGGACCACCAGCCACCGUUAUCGAUGCUGUUGGUGACAAGGUUUCUGCCCGUAACCUUGCCCAGUCCUGCAAUGUCCCAGUUGUGCCGGGUACCGAUGGUCCUAUUGCUACCGUUGACGAGGCCGAAGACUUUGUCAACAAGUACAGCUUCCCAGUCAUCAUCAAGGCCGCGUUUGGCGGUGGUGGCCGUGGUAUGAGAGUUGUCAGGGCCAAGGAGGAGUUGGCGGAUGCCUUUGAGCGUGCUACGUCUGAGGCCCUCGCGUCUUUCGGUAACGGUACCUGUUUCAUCGAGCGUUUCCUUAACAAGCCAAAACACAUCGAGGUCCAGCUCUUGGCUGAUUCCUACGGCAACGUCGUCCACUUGUUCGAAAGAGACUGCUCCGUCCAGAGACGUCACCAGAAGGUCGUAGAGGUUGCUCCAGCCCAGACGCUUCCAAUGGCCGUCAGAGAUGCCAUUUUGGCCGACGCCGUGAGGUUGGCCCAGACCGCCAACUACGUCAACGCCGGUACCGCUGAGUUCCUUGUUGACGACCUAAACCGCCAUUAUUUCAUUGAGAUCAACCCGCGUAUUCAGGUUGAGCACACCAUCACCGAAGAAAUCACCGGCAUUGAUAUCGUCGCCGCCCAGAUCCAGAUUGCCGCUGGUGCUUCGCUCGAGCAGUUGGGCUUGACUCAAGACAAGAUCACUGCCAGAGGCUGUGCGAUCCAGUGUCGCAUCACCACCGAAGACCCAUCUAACCAGUUUGCUCCUGACUGUGGGAAGAUCGAGGUCUAUCGUUCUGCUGGUGGUAACGGUGUUAGGUUGGACGGUGGCAAUGGUUUCGCCGGUGCCGUCAUCUCUCCCCACUAUGACUCUAUGUUGGUCAAGUGUUCUUGUCUCGGGUCCACAUAUGAGAUCGCUCGCCGUAAGAUGUUGAGAGCGCUUGUGGAGUUCAGAAUCAGAGGUGUUAAGACUAACAUGCCGUUCUUGCUCGCACUUUUGACUCACGAUGUAUUUAUCGAUGGCUCCUACUGGACUACGUUUAUUGAUGAUACCCCCUCGUUGUUCCAGAUGGUUUCCUCUCAGAACCGUGCCUCCAAGUUGUUGUCAUACUUGGCAGACUUGGUCGUCAACGGGUCCUCCAUCAAGGGCCAAGUCGGCUUCCCAAAGCUCACCGACGAGGCCACUGUCCCAACCAUCUACUCCUCCUCUGGUUCUGCCAUUGAUGUCUCCGGAAAGCCGCCGGCUGGUUGGAGAGACGUCUUGUUGGCAAAGGGCCCAGACGGCUUUGCCAAACAGGUUAGAAACUUCAACGGUACGCUUUUGAUGGACACCACCUGGAGAGAUGCCCACCAGUCAUUGCUUGCCACCAGAGUGCGCACUACCGAUCUUUUGGCCAUUGCUCCAACCACCGCCCACGCUCUUUCUGGGUUGUUCGCCCUUGAAUGCUGGGGUGGUGCCACUUUCGACGUCUCCAUGAGAUUUUUGUACGAAUGCCCUUGGGACAGACUCAGAAAGCUCCGCCAAGCGGUGCCAAACAUCCCGUUUGCCAUGUUGCUCCGUGGGGCCAACGGUGUCGCCUACUCCUCCCUUCCAGAUAAUGCCAUCGACCACUUCGUCAAGCAGGCCAAAGACACUGGUGUCGACGUUUUCCGUGUCUUUGAUGCUUUGAACGAUUUGGAACAGUUGCAAGUCGGUGUAGAUGCCGUUAAGAAGGCCGGCGGUGUGGUUGAGGCCACCAUCUGCUAUUCCGGUGACAUGCUCCAACCAGGUAAGAAGUACAACUUGGCUUACUACCUCGACAUGGCUUCCAAGAUUGUCCAGAUGGGUACCCACAUCUUGGGGAUCAAGGACAUGGCGGGUACCUUGAAGCCAACCGCCGCUAGACAGUUGAUUGGUGCCAUCAGAGCCCAGUACCCAGACCUUCCUAUCCACGUCCACACCCACGACUCUGCCGGUACCGGGGUUGCGUCUAUGGCUGCUUGCGCGCUCGCCGGCGCCGAUGUGGUUGACGUUGCCACCAACUCCAUGUCUGGUAUGACCUCCCAGCCGUCGAUCUCCGCCCUUGUGGCCACUUUGGAUGGCGAUAUCGCUACCGGUGUUGAUGCGGCCAUGGCCAGAGACUUGGACGCCUACUGGGGUCAGAUGAGACUUUUAUACUCUUGUUUCGAGGCUGACUUGAAGGGUCCAGACCCAGAAGUCUACCAGCACGAAAUUCCAGGGGGCCAGUUGACCAACCUUCUCUUCCAGGCCCAGCAGGUUGGCUUGGGCUCCCAGUGGUUGGAAACCAAGAAGGCCUACGAAGCUGCUAACAAGUUGCUUGGUGACAUUGUCAAGGUUACUCCAACCUCCAAGGUUGUGGGCGAUCUUGCUCAGUUUAUGGUUUCCAACAAGUUAAACUCUGAGGAUGUUAACAAGCUCGCUAACGAGUUGGACUUCCCAGAUUCUGUCUUGGACUUUUUCGAGGGCUUGAUGGGUACUCCUUAUGGCGGUUUCCCAGAGCCUUUGCGUACCAAUGUGUUGGCUGGUAAGCGCCGAAAGCUCACCGGUCGUCCUGGUUUGACCUUGGAGCCACUUGACUUGGCCCAGAUCAGAAAGGACUUGGAAGCCAGAUACGACAAUAUCACUGAGAAUGACGUCGCCUCUUACGUCAUGUACCCAAAGGUAUACGAAGCCUUCAGAGCAAUGCAAGCCAAGUUUGGCGACCUUUCCGUGUUGCCAACCCGUUACCUCUUGUCCACCCCGCCUUUGGAAGAGGAGAUUCACGUCAACAUCGCUCAGGGUAAGACUUUAAUCGUCAAGGUCCAGGCCAUUGGUGAUUUGUCUGUGCAGACGGGUACCAGAGAGGUUUACUUUGAGUUGAACGGUGAAAUGAGAAAGGUCACCGUGGAGGACAGAUUGGCUUCCGUUGAGACUGUUUCCAGAAAGAAGGCCGAUGCCCACAGCCCUAACGAGGUUGGUGCCCCAAUGGGUGGUGUAGUGGUUGAGGUUAGAGUCAAGGAAGGCACUGAAGUCAAGAAGGGUGACCCAUUGGCUGUGUUGAGUGCCAUGAAGAUGGAGAUGGUUAUCAGCGCUCCUGUUGCCGGUAAGGUUGGUGAGUUGUCUGUUAAGGAAGGCGACUCUGUUGAUACUGCCGAUUUGAUUGCAAAGAUCUUGAAGUAGAAGCGAAAAGCAAGUGCUUUCUCCGUUCUACGAUUGGCCGGGGGGUAUAUUUAUUUUCCAUUGUACAUUAUCUAUCGCUGUUGUACCGUAGUUUAAUAGAGUGGUAGAUGCAUUACUAAGGUUUUACUAUUGGAUUUGUCGAAGGUCAUAGUAUAAAGCGAUACUAAUAUUGCUGCUUGAUUUCAUUUAGAAUAAAUUGUUAAUAGACUGUUUCUGGC